UGGCAAAGCGUCAAGUGUAUUCAAUUUAGUGCACUGUGUUCGUAACAGAUUGUAGUUUUGGGAACAGAACAAUGUAUUGGUGAUCAGAUGUUUCAUCGAUGAUAAAAUUAGCAGAAUGUCAGUCCAGUUUCACCUAGUCACAUCCUCUCCCACUACCCGCGACUGAACUUCCUCUCACUACCAUAUUUGGUGGUGAGAAAACGUUCUAAACGGAUGCUUCAGCUUUAUAGCCCCUGUGACGUGUCUGGGUUACUCCUUAUGUUUGUGUGGUAACACUUUUGAUGUUGUCUUUCUGACAAAAAGAAGCAUGGAGGACUCAAACUCUUAUAUUCGCGUCUCCGGAUUUGUUCUUGGUUCAUUGAUGUUUCAGCACUUGAACAGUGAUUCUGAUGUGGAAGGUCUCAUUCUCGGGGAGACCAAAGCUGAAGAGCGAAGCAACAUCACUGACUCUCAAAUCGACAACAUACAGUUUGAGCAUACAAUAAACAUUCAGAAACACAUAUCAUGUCGCAAGCUCAAUAGCUUCUAUAAUAGAAUAGGGGAGGUGAACCAGGAUGAAAUAAGGCACAUUUUAUCCAACUAUAAGGAGGAGAAUGUGAUUGGUUGGUAUAAACAGCGGAGAAACACAGAUCAACAAAUUACCUUCAGAGAGCAAGUAGUCCACGAGAACCUGAAGAGAGCACUCUCCAAUCACGAGCUGAUCUUUCUGCUACUGACACCCAGUGAGAUCACAACAUCAGGCUCCACUCACAAACUGGAGUAUGCAGUCUUCAGAUCACAUGGCAGUCAGUAUUGCAGUGUACCUGUCCUGGUCAGCAACCUGGGUUUGUUGGAAGAGCAGGACUACUGGAGACUCUCUGCAUCUUGUUCAUCAGUCAACUACAACCAUGCUGUUAGGAAACACAGAUCUAAAUUCUUCUCCUCCGAUGGAUCUCUGCAUGAGGUGGAUGAGAUUAAUGACAUGAACAACUCCUUGCAGGGUGAACUCAAGAUGGCAUGUAAGAAAGUGGAGGAGAGUGAACGAUUGGUCGAGAAGCUGCUUGCAGACGUUUCUGAUCUAAGAAGGAUGGUCAAUGAUAGGAAACAAGAGCUGGGAGAAAUCUCAGCAGAUGGAGCCUCCACCCCGGCACAGCCCCAGGAGAAUGUGCUGCUCUGUGAGGUCAUCAAAACACUAUUUCCUGGGGCAUCUCUACUCCAAACGCAGGCUCUAAACUUCCAGGGGUUUCCAUUGCCUGAGUUCUGCUGCAGCACUGACCAUGGCAUAGACAUUGCUACAACACUGCCUUUGAUCCUGAGUCAUACACUCCCUAAAGCCAGGAAGGGGAGGCUUGGGAGAGGCGGAGGUACAUCCUGGAGAAAACGUCCCCUUCGUGAAUCAUCUGAGGUGCCCAAGAGGAGGAAAGGCAUGCUGGAGGAGACUGAGGAGUCUUUGUCAGUCAGUGGGUCCGAGACCGAGGAGGAUUUGAUCCCAGCCAAUCAGAACGGAAAUGAUUUAGAUGUGUCCAAUUCCCCUGUCUUCUGAGGACCAAAUGGACUGCUCAAGAAUGGUCACUUUGCAUUAAAUGUCACUGUGUAUGGAUUAUAGGAAAUUCUGUGACAUUCCCUUGUAACAGUCCUCCAUCAAUAACUGAAAACUUGAUAUGUUUGCAGGGAUGCCUUCAAUUAGCUUAUUUUUAGGGGCAACAUGUUUUAUUUAGAAGUGACUGUCCAAGUUAUUGAUUAUAAUAACUUUAGUUUAUCAAUUUUUUAAAUAUUCAAGCUGUUAUUGAACUUGUACAUAAUUACAUAAAAUAAUUUACACGUG